GGGUCUGGGUAUUUGAAGAGAGGUCAAAGAGGGCAACAGUCCUUCGAGUGUAAUAUCAGAUUCACACAAAGUACGGUCAAUAUGCCUAUCAAAUCCAUUAAAGCUCGCCAGAUUUUCGACUCACGUGGGAAUCCUACCGUCGAAGUUGAUUUGGUAACGGAGUUGGGUCUUUUCCGUGCUGCUGUUCCCUCGGGAGCCUCCACUGGCGUUCAUGAAGCCCUAGAGCUUAGAGAUAAUGUAAAGAGUGAAUAUCAUGGAAAGGGUGUCCUCACUGCAAUAAAAAAUAUCAAUGACAUCAUUGCACCGGAGCUCUUGAAACAGAAUCUUGAAGUGACUCAACAAAAGGAGAUUGACGAAUUUAUGAUCAACUUAGACGGGACUGAAAACAAGUCUAAGUUGGGUGCCAAUGCAAUUCUUGGUGUCUCCUUGGCAGUGGCUAAGGCUGGUGCAGCUAAGAAAGGUGUACCCCUUUACAAGCAUUUAGCAGACUUGGCGGGUAAUAGUGACAUUGUUCUACCUGUACCUGCAUUUAAUGUCAUUAAUGGUGGCUCUCAUGCCGGCAACAAACUUGCCAUGCAAGAGUUUAUGAUUCUACCAACUGGUGCUUCUUCAUUCAGUGAAGCUAUGCGGAUGGGUUCUGAAGUUUAUCAUCAUUUAAAAAAGAUUAUAAAAGAAAAGUUUGGACUUGACUCCACUGCUGUUGGGGAUGAGGGUGGCUUUGCUCCCAAUAUCCAGAACAAUAAAGAUGCUCUGUUUUUAAUUCAGGAUGCUAUUCAACAAGCUGGUUACACUGGCAAGAUUGAAAUUGGAAUGGAUGUUGCUGCUUCAGAGUUCUUCAAGAAUGGAUCAUACGAUCUUGACUUUAAGAAUCCAAAAUCCAACCCAGCUGACUUUUUGUCAUCUGAUAAGCUUGCUGAGGUUUACCUUGACUUUAUUAAGGAUUUCCCAAUGGUUUCCAUUGAGGAUCCCUUUGACCAAGAUGACUGGGCUGCUUGGGCUAGUUUAACUGCUCGCACUCCCAUUCAAAUUGUUGGUGAUGACCUUACGGUAACAAACCCAAAGCGUAUUGCCACGGCGGUGGAAAAGAAGGCUUGCAACUGUUUACUUCUGAAGGUUAAUCAAAUUGGCAGUGUCACCGAGUCAAUUAAUGCUCAUCUUUUGGCUAAGAAGAAUGGAUGGGGAACUAUGGUUUCUCACAGGUCUGGAGAAACAGAGGAUACAUUUAUUGCUGAUUUAGUAGUUGGUCUGUCCACUGGCCAGAUCAAGACUGGUGCACCUUGUCGUUCUGAGCGUCUUGCUAAGUAUAACCAAAUACUUCGUAUUGAAGAGGAACUAGGUGCUGCAGCUAAGUAUGCCGGAAAGAACUUCCGCAGACCUGUUUAA